AUGAGUGGGGCGGCUGGCCCAGGGGUCUUGCCGGGGCUGCGCAGGGGCGAGCUAGCGGCGGAGACGCCGGGCCGCUGCGUGGGGCCCAGCAGGUCCGGGCGCGGAGGCCGGCGGCCGUGGGAGAAGAGACGGGGUGCAGGGACGUCCCGAGGCCGUGGAGGGAGGCGCCGGGCGAGGUCCUCGGUGCGGGAGGCGCGCUGUGUGAGUGCGGAAAGGCUGCAGGACUGUCGGCGGCCAUGGGGGAGGAGACCUGCAGCGGGGACAGCCCGGGCCGCCGGGGCGAACGAGGCUGCGGGGACACCUGGCACGGCAGGCUCGAUGGAGGCUGCAAGGGACCUUGGGACUGUGUGGGUGAACGGGGCAGUGGGGGAACCCCAGGUGGUGGGACCUGUCGGCUCUGUGUGGGUGACUGGCACUGGGGAGGAGGAGGAGACGGCUUAUAGGAGCCCCCGAGGCUGUGAGAGAAAAGGUCGUCCGGGAUCUACGGGGCAUGAGAGCAUUCUGGAACUGUGGUUGAAGGUGCAGGCUAUGAGGGCAGCUUCAGGAUGUGGGGAAGGAAGCAGAGUCGAGCUCCAUCCCGUGUCCGCAGGAGAAGGGCCGGUUGAAAGGGGGGUUCCUGGCCGGGCUUCGUGGGUAGAGACCAGCCGUGGUGGUCUCACCGGACCAUGGGUGAAAGGACAGGCCAGGACAGCCCCCCGGGCCGCAGGAGUAGCCAUAGCUCCGGACCUAGGGGCAGGCUGUGAGAGGGCCUCAGGUUUGUGUGGGCAGGGCCAGGCUGUGAGGAUGCCACCUGUGGCUGUGCCUGGGACUCUGGAGGCAAGUUCUGGGAUUGCCCCACACCCGCGGGGGAGAAGACAAGCCGUGGCGGUGCCUGGGCCCGUGGAGGGGAUAGGCUAUGGGGUUGCCCCGGGCUCUUGGGGAAAAGGGCCGACUGGGGGGGUUCCUGGGGCCACUUUUGGGUGGCCUGAGGCUGUGGAGGGAGAGCCAGGCGGCGGGGCUGCUCCAGGUCUGCGGGGGAGGGAGGAGGCAGCGCAGGCGCCUGUGUAUGGGGAUACCCCAGGCUUAGGGGGAAGGGGGCGGACCGCAGGGGUGCCCAGAGCUGCGCGGGAGCAAACUCCCUCUGUGGGUGCCCCAGCCGCGUGGCGGAGGAGACAAGCCGUGGAGGAGACAGACGCCGGGCGUCUCCCUGGCCUGUGGGGCACCGGACAGCCCAUAGGGGUGCCUAGUGCGACUGGAGCGGGAACGAGAUGUCGGGGUGAGCCAGGAUUCGGGGAGAGGGGGCAGGUUGUGUGGGUGGAGACAGGCUCUGGGGGCGACUCCGGGUCCCGGGAAGCUGCACAGCCUGCAGAGGUGUCUGGUCCUGAUGAGCAGGAGGCAGGUCCUGGGGGCGCUCCAGGCCUGUGGGACAUAGGACAGGCUAUGGGAGUACCUAGGGCUCUGGGGCCAGAGACAGGCUGUGGGAGUGUCCGGGGUCUGUGGGGAACGGAACAGCCUGUGAGGGUAUCCCAGGCUCCGGUGGUAGUGGGAGCCGUGGGAGAAUGGACCAGCGGCGGCGGUGGUGUCCCAGGACUGUGGGCUAGGCAGCAGGCUCUGGGGGUGCCCCCGGCUGAUGCAGUGCUGGGGGCUGUCGUGGAGGAGACCUGCGGUGGGAAUGUCUUGAGUCUGUGGGAAAGGAGGCGGGCUCUGGGCGGGCAAGAGGCUCCGGUGCCCGCAGCUUUAGGCGGACCCGGGUCUGUGGAUCAGGAGGCUGGCUGUGGGGAUGCCUCAUGUCUCUGCAUGAGAAGACAGGCCGCGGGGCUGUCUGAGGCGGUGGGGUCGCCAGAGGCAGCAGGUGUGUCCAAGCACAGGAGUGCCCCAGCAGGGCCGCCCACAGCUAUGUGUACGUCUGGGUCUGGAAGCGUACCUGCCAGGGUACCUGCCGCUGUGUGGGUGUCUGGCUCUGUGUGUCAGGAAGGCGGCUCCAGGGAUGACUUGAACCUGUGGGGAGAGGUUUGUACUGCCAGGAUACCCUUGGCUUCAGGGGUACCUAUGGCUCCCCAGGAGCUGUGGUCUUUGGGAGAGGAUACUGGUUGUGAGGCUUCCCCAGUAUCAUGGGGAAGGAGACAGAGUGCUGGGGUUCCUGUGGCUGCUGAGGUGCCCAUGGCUUCUCGGGUACCUGGUCCCCUGGGGGUGGAGACUGGCCCUGGGGGUUUCUCACGCUUGCCAGGGAGGAGACAGACUGCAGGAGUACCUCUGACCGCAGGGGUGUCCACAGCUGCUGGGGCCCCUGGGCUGCUGGUGGGUGAUGCCAGCUGUGGGGGUGGCUCAGGGGUAUGGGGAAGGAGACAGGCGACUGAGGUGCCCACUGCUGCCAGGGCUUCAGGACCUGGGGACGGGGAGACUGACUCUGAAGGCGUUGCAGGCCUAUGGAGAAGGAGCGCUGAUGGAGCCGUCCCUGGGGCUGUGAGGGUACCUCUGUCUUUGGGGGUGCUUGCAGCUGUAGGAGUUCCCACAGCAGGGCGCCGGCCUGCUGCAGUGUGGGUGACUGGGUCUGCAGGAGAAGAACCCAGUGCGGCUGUCUCCGGCCUCACGGCGGGGAGGAGGCUGUCCACAGAGGGCCCCGGGGCUCCAGGGUGGGAUACAGGAGGUAGAAGUGUCCUGGGGCUGCCGGGGGGGGUGUCUUACACCUGUGGGCGUGGGACCAGGUUAUGGAGCUGCCCAAGGUCUGCGGGGGAAGAACUGGACUCUGAGAACGUGCCAGGGGUGUCCAGGACAGGCACGGCUUGGGGGGUGAAUGAAGCCGAGGAAGUGCUCCCGGUUUCAAGGGAGGAGACAGGCAUUGGCCACUUGAGAGAUCGUGCACAGCAGGGUGGGAGGAGACAGGCUGCAGGAGGGUCUAGAAUCAGAGGGAGGGGGAACAAUUUGGGAGAAGAUUGUGAUGGGGAGGACAGAUUGAGGGGUGCAUUCCAAUAG